UCCACGGAGAACCGGGUCCACGGCUCCACGCCAUCUCUUCUUCCUCCUCCUCUCAUCGUCGUCGCGGGGCUCCUCCUCCUCCUUCCGGCCUUACAAACCCACCGCCCCGCCGGACCCACUUGCUGGCUCGGCGCCGCCUCGAGGCUCCCCCGCGGCCGCUGCAUUGCGGGUGACCUCUUCUACGAGAGCCGCGAGCGGCUGCGGCUGCGAGACGGGAGGUGUGCGGUCCUUGGUUGCGGCUUCUGCCCUGUCCGCUGCGGCGAGCUGCUCCGCGCGGGCGGGCCUGAGACUGCAGAAAAUUCUUGCAUAUAUUCAUCCCAUUAUUGGUACUCCGGUUGCUGUUGAGUGAUUGGGAAAGCUGUUUGGCCGGAAAGCAUUUUUGGUCAUGGGAAGCAAUGACCCUAGCACACCCUCCAAGGCUCCAAAGGCAUCAGAACAAGAUCAACCUUCAGCCACUACAUCCGGGGCAACAGCUUCAGUUUACCCUGAAUGGCCCAGCUUUCAGGCUUACUCAGCAAUUCCACCACAUGGAUUCUUUCCCCCUACUGUCGCUGCAAAUCCACAGGCUCAUCCAUACAUGUGGGGAGCUCAGGUGGCCUCUACAUCUGCAACUUUGUGUUUCCCCCCACACUCAACCCCAUGGUACCACCGUACGGGACGCCGCCAUCACCUUAUGUGAUGUAUCCACCUGGAACAGUAUAUGCCCAUCCCUCUACAGCACCUGGUAUGCAUCCAUUUAGUCAUUAUCCUAUGCCAACAAAUGGACAUGCUGAAACUCCUGGAGCUGCGCCAAGUGCUCCAGAAAUGAACGGAAAAAAUGAGCCUGGCAGAAUGUCUGCUCCAUCUGCCAAUGGGAUUACCUCCCACAGUGAGAGUGGAAGUGAGAGUGAGAGUGAAGGAAGUGACGCCAAUUCCCAAAAUGAUUCACACUCAAAGGACAAUGAUGGAAAGGAAGACGGUGUAUUCUGUCGUGCAGGCAGUUCGCAGAAUGGCAUAUCUUAUUCAGCAUCACAGGGAAUGUUAAAUCAAACCAUGCCGAUGAUUCCAAUACAACCGGGUGCGAUGGUUGGAGUUCCUGGCUCCACAGCUAACUUGAAUAUUGGAAUGGACUACUGGACUGCUCCUGGUUCUGCAACUGUCCCUGCAACACAGGGCAAAGCAACUUCUGGUUCAGCACGAGGAGAUCAAUGGGAUGAAAGGGAACUCAAGAAGCAGAAACGAAAGCAAUCUAAUCGAGAAUCAGCACGCAGGUCCCGGCUGCGCAAGCAGGCUGAGUGCGAGGAGCUUGGGCAACGUGCUGAAUCUUUAAGGUCGGAAAACUCCUCUCUUAGAGCUGAGCUUGAACGGAUUAGAAAGGAGUACGAACAGUUACUUUCACAGAAUGCUUCCCUCAAGGAAAAGCUAGGGGCAACCAGUGAUUCUAUUCCUGACAUGAAUGAGCAGAACGACGGAGGUGGCAGCGGCUACAAGAAGCAGCCUGAUUCCGAUGCCCAGCCUGGGAACGAGUCUUGACAUGUUUAGCUCAGGAUUGUUGUAACACGGCAUUGCUAUUUAUUUUCUUGAACAAUACCGAACAGAAUAUAGGAAAGAUGAGAGAAAAAUAUGUGCGCAGUUCUACAUCAACUGACUAUAAUUUCUAACGGCAUGUGCAUAUAUGCCAUCACCGCUGUC